AUGCGACCUGCGAAGGGUGAAGCACUUGAUGCAUUGCUAGACAGUAUCGAUAUACCGAAGGGAUGGACAGGCCUUACGGAUCCUUCUACGGGUAAACCUCUCAACUUGACUCAAGAGGAAUUGGAGGUUUUGCGCAGGAUACAAACAAAUGAGGCUCCUGAAGAUGGCUACGACCCAUAUCCUGAUUAUGUUCCAUAUUUCAGCGGUAUCGAGGAGAUUAUGCCUUUGAGCUCAGCUCCUGAGCCCAAACGACGUUUCUUGCCAUCCAAACAUGAGGCCAAACGAGUUAUGAAGAUAGUCCGAGCCAUUCGAGAGGGUAGAAUCCUACCAUACCGACCACCUCAAGAACGCGAAGACGAGGAAGAGGAACGUCAUUACGAUAUAUGGCAGAACGAGGAGGCUCAACCAGAUCAUAUCAUGAAAAUCCCAGCUCCAAAACCACCUCCACCUGGUUAUGAUCUUAGUUACAAUCCACCUCCAGAGUAUCUCCCAUCUAAAGCAGAGAGAAAGGAAUGGGAGGCUACAGACCCUGAGGAUAGAGAAAAGGAAUACCUACCAACUGCAUAUGACUCUUUACGGAAAGUUCCGGGAUAUGACAAGUUUAUUAAUGAGAGGUUCGAACGUUCGCUUGAUCUGUAUUUGGCACCGCGAGUUCGUAAAAACAGGCUAAACAUCGAUCCUGCUUCCUUACUGCCAAAAUUGCCGAAGCCUGAGGAACUUAAACCUUUCCCAACCGUCACGCAGACACUGUUCCGCGGUCACGAAGGUAGAGUGCGAAGCUUGGCUAUCGAUCCUUCCGGAACAUGGUUGGCUAGCGGUGGUGAUGAUGGCACUGUCCGUGUUUGGGAACUUCUAACCGGAAAGCAACUUUGGAGCGCACAAAUAGGAGACGAGGAGGCCGUCAACGUUGUGAGAUGGCGCCCAGCAAAAGAUGGCAUCAUACUUUCAGCUGCAGCUGGGGAGGAAAUAUUCCUUAUGGUACCCACCAUAAUUGAUCCUGUUGCUGAAAGCAAUAGCCGAGAGCUACUGGAUGCUGGGUUUGGUUAUGCAACAAGUGCCACUCAAGCACUCACAGCAAACGGGCAAAAGAAAGAGCCUGUUGCAACCUGGGCUCGUCCUAGCUCACGUCUACAAGAUGAAGGUGUAUUGAUCAAGAUCACGGUUAGAUCUACAGUUAAAGUCAUCACCUGGCACAGAAGAGGUGACUUCUUUUCUUCUGUAUCUCCUACCGCCCAAAAGUCGGCCGUCGCAAUUCACACACUUUCGAAACAUCUCACACAAAUCCCCUUCAGACGUCUUCCUGGUAUCGCACAAACUGCUCAGUUCCAUCCAUCUCGACCCAUUUUCUUUGUUGCCACUCAACGCACAAUCCGCAGUUACGAUUUACAAAAACAGGAAUUGGUCAAAAUCAUUCAACCCGGUGCUCGUUGGAUCUCCUCCUUUGAUAUUCAUCCCGGAGGCGAUAAUCUUAUUGUUGGUUCUUAUGAUCGUCGUCUCUUGUGGCACGAUCUCGACCUUUCUACUCGCCCAUACAAGACUAUGCGUUUCCAUAACAAAGCUAUUCGAGCUGUGAAAUACCACAAAGGUGGACUUCCAUUGUUCGCUGAUGCUAGUGAUGAUGGUAGUUUGCAAAUUUUCCACGGAAAGGUUGUCAGUGAUGCUAUGGAGAAUGCUACUAUCGUACCAGUGAAGGUUUUGAAGGGACACAAAGUCAAGAGUGCCUUGGGUGUUAUGGAUGUGGACUGGCAUCCAAAGGAACCAUGGCUUGUCAGUGCUGGUGCAGAUGGUACAUGUAGGUUGUGGACUUAA